UUCUUCAUAUAAUCUUAGGGUUAAAAUUCCCCGAAUUGAUCCUUUCCUGUAAUGCGACGGCAGCCUUGAAUUUGACCUUCUGGUUCUCCUCUAAUACUUAGAUCUUUCCCCAGUUCGAGCUCGAUCCGAUCGUAUUGAGAAACCCUACAAGUUUAAGCCAUGUUUCUUUUCGAUUGGUUUUAUGGAAUUCUUGCUUCCCUUGGUCUGUGGCAGAAGGAAGCGAAGAUCUUGUUUCUGGGUCUUGAUAAUGCCGGCAAGACCACCUUGCUCCAUAUGUUGAAGGAUGAGAGGUUGGUGCAACACCAGCCAACUCAGUAUCCGACAUCAGAGGAGCUUAGUAUAGGGAAAAUUAAGUUCAAGGCAUUUGAUUUGGGAGGUCAUCAGAUUGCACGCAGAGUCUGGAAGGAUUACUAUGCCAAGGUGGAUGCAGUUGUGUACCUGGUGGAUGCCUAUGAUAAGGAGAGGUUUGCUGAAUCAAAGAAAGAAUUGGAUGCACUCCUUUCUGAUGAGGCUCUUGCCAACGUCCCAUUUCUUAUACUAGGAAACAAGAUUGAUAUACCAUAUGCUGCCUCAGAGGAUGAGUUACGUUAUCACCUUGGCCUGACCAACUUCACAACUGGUAAGGGGAAGGUAAAUCUGGCAGACUCAAACGUCCGUCCACUAGAAGUAUUCAUGUGCAGCAUUGUUAGAAAAAUGGGAUAUGGUGAUGGCUUCAAGUGGCUGUCUCAAUACAUCAAGUAAACUAAUGAUGAGGAAGAUGUGUCAAGACAGACAUGUUACGGAGCGAAAUUCGACCUCACCAUGCUCUUCCCCACCAAGAAUUGUAUUCAUGGGACUAUUUUGAACCGCCUUAAGUGGGUUUUGAGUUGAAUGUCUUUCGUUUUGGAUAUAUAUGUGGAAGGAGGUGUUAAAAUGUCACUAGGCUGCCAAAUCUGCUUAUUUCAGACUGUCUCUGGUAUUGUAGGUUGUGGAAUGAACUUUCUCCAUCUCUUGCUUAUUCAAGCUCUUAAAUAUUAUUGAUU